UGAUUCAAUUUCAAAUGAUUGAACUGAAAUGAUGAGUUUCGCAUGUGGACUCAAAUUUGACCUGUCCCAAGCAAAAAACCACUUUAGCAAUUAGGAAAGUAAAAGUAUGUAACAAAGAAGAACCAGGAUCUUCUUAACUAGUUGACCGGAGAACCGGAGCUGAAACAAACGCUGUCGCCGCCGGUUGCGACAAAACAACCUCAAAGUUUAAGAAUCUAUAGAGGAAAUUUCAAAAAGGAAAAUGGGAGUGGGGAACGGGAUUUCCUCCUCAGAAUGCGAUGAUGGCGGCAACAAAAUCAGCUCUUAUGUUGUGUUGAAUGUCUACGAUCUCACCCCUAUGAAUAAUUACAUGAUUUGGUUUGGACUUGGGAUCUUUCACUCCGGCAUUGAAGUGCAUGGUAAGGAGUAUGGAUUUGGAGCCCAUGAUUUCCCAGCUAGUGGAGUUUUUGAAGUGGAGCCAAGGAUGUGCCCUGGAUUCAUUUAUAGACGUUCCAUCACUUUGGGCCAAACAAACAUGAACCCUUCGGAGUUUCGGGGAUUUAUUGAAAACAUGGCUUCUGAGUAUCAUGGGGAUACUUAUCACCUUAUAUCCAAGAAUUGCAAUCAUUUCACAGAUGAUGUCUCAUAUAGAUUGACCGGAAAAAAAAUUCCAGGUUGGGUGAAUCGGCUUGCUAACCUAGGUGCUUUGUGCAGCUGUCUACUUCCUGAAAGCCUUCAAGUAACAAAUGUUAAACAGCUACCCGAAUACCAUGAAUGCUCCGAAGAUGAAUUUGUCGAUUCUCUUUCAUCUGCCACACCCAAUGAGUCACCUGAUAGAGAUGAUGAGCAAGAAAGGAACCUUUUGUUGCUAACGUCUGGAGCUGUGGAUGUUACUUUCGUUAAAGAGGCCCGUGUAAAGUGAUAAUUAUGUGUUCAAGGUGAGAAAAUGAUGCAGGCUGUCUUCGUUUGAAUACCUGUCCAGUUGAUCAGCAGUGAUUCUUUUCCCAUUCUUCUAUAGCUGUCUGCAUUGUCUUUGAUUCAUUCGUCGUAACUGAAGUAUCCAAACUAAAUUCAGCGCUUUGUUGUUUUGUUUAUAGAGUCUAGUGCAUGGGGGUUGCAGGCUGUCAUGUAAAAUUGUAAAUGGCAUUUACAGUCUGUAAAUUGUCUAAGUUAUGAAAUACUGUGUAGAAUUGUCUAUGUUUGUUUUGAGAGAUUUAUGUCCAAAAAUGACCUUAGGAACUCCAAGGACAGUUUGUUUUAUGAUUUCCUGGUGAAAGAUAGUCUCAACAAACGAAUUGGUGAAUGUCAAGUUUCAACA